AUGGGCGCUUACUUCCUCUCUAAAUGUAUCUUUUUGUUUGUUUUUAAAUAUAUAUUUCAGUCUAUGCAUGGGACACUGAAAAGUGUCGAGGGGCCUCCAAACCUGGGCGUGAGUCUGAUGCUGAGCACGAAGCCCAUCACUCAGAACUCAGUGGGUCACAACAAAGAAGAUUCCAAGUCCGUUAAUGGGACAGAAAAGACAGAGAAGAAAUCCCCUUCCCCUGUAAAGAAAGCAGAGCCCAAAAAAGGAUCCAAUCCUGGCUGGACGUGCUGGGAAUGCGACCGGCUGUUUACGCAGAGAGAAGUUUACAUAUCUCACAUGAGGAAGGAGCACGGAAAGCAAAUGAAGAAGCACCCUUGUCGUCAGUGUGACAAAUCUUUCAGCUCCUCACACAGUCUUUGCCGCCACAAUCGUAUCAAGCACAAAGGCAUUAGGAAAGUAUAUACCUGCUCGCACUGCCCAGAUUCAAGACGUACUUUCACCAAGCGGUUGAUGUUAGAAAAACACAUUCAGCUGAUGCACGGCAUUAAGGAACCCGACGUGAAAGAGAUGGCGGAAUCGACCAACGUAGGAGAGGGGGAAACCAAGGAAGAUACCAAGGUUCCCAGCCCAAAGCGUAAAUUGGACGAACCGGUGGUGGAGUUCAGGCCCCCCCGAGGCGCCAUCACUCAGCCCCUGAAAAAGCUGAAGAUCAACGUUUUCAAAGUCCACAAGUGUGCGGUGUGCGGCUUCACGACGGAGAACCUCCUUCAGUUCCACGAACAUAUUCCCCAGCAUAAAUCCGACGGCUCUUCCUACCAGUGUCGGGAGUGUGGCUUGUGCUACACCUCCCACGUCUCUCUUUCCAGGCACCUCUUCAUCGUGCAUAAGCUGAAGGAGCCGCAGCCCAUCUCCAAACAGAACGGUUCCGGCGAAGACAACCAGCAGGAGAACAAGCCCAGCCGUGAGGAGGAGGCGUCCGGCAAUGCUCUGUCCGACCGGAAAUGCAAAGUUUGCUCAAAGACCUUUGAAACAGAAGCUGCCUUAAAGACCCACAUGCGGACUCAUGGGAUGGCCUUCAUCAAAUCCAAACGAAUGAGUUCAGCUGAAAAAUAACCUGCUCUAUCUGACUCAUGUAUCUGAAAAGCAAAAACCCUUCUGGAGUGCUGUGUGGUUUCUGGGCUGUAUGGCCGUGUUCUAGCAGCAUUUUUUCCUGACGUUUCGCCUGCAUCUGUGGCUGGCAUCUUCAGAGG